GUUGUAUACACUAGAUAUACUCAUCAAAGAAUUAGGUGGGUGUGGACGUUUCCAGGUCAUUCUCCUGUUGCUAGGAUACCUACCCAUCCUGCCUGGCUCCUGGGGCAUCUCCAUCAUGAUGUUUGGAAAAUACAACCCUGGCUGGACGUGUCAAGGUGAUACAUGCAACGUCAGUGAAUUUACAAGUCAACUUUGUAGCUGUGACGAGAUGAAGACUUUCAGAAACUGGACAUUCAACAAUGCCGCCUCUACCAUAAUUACAGAAUGGAGUUUGGUCUGUGAUGAUUCCUGGAAGUCUUCGCUUAUCGCUUCAGUUCAGAUGACUGGGGUUCUGUUAGGGGCGUACGCGGGAGGGCAGAUCGGAGACAUGUUUGGUCGCAAGUUUAGCAUUCACGGUAGCUGUGCUCUGAUGGUUGUUGCUAAUGUUGUGGCUAUAUUCUCUGUCUCUUGGCAGAUGUACGCAGUUCUAAUGUUCUUUAUUGGGCUGUUUGUUGGAUGUAUUCUGGCCACUUGUAACGUUUAUAAUUUCGAGUUCCUUCCAUCCUGGUGGAGAGGUUUUGUCAUAAUGCUUCCUAUUUGGAGUUUAUCUACUAGUAUAUUUGCCUUGUGUGCGAUGGCGCUCAAAAACUGGAGACACCUUCAUGGUGCCAUAGCUUUUGUGGCUCUUUUAGCCUUCUUGCCAGUGUUUUGGCUUCCAGAGAGCAUGCGGUUUUUGGCAGUUCAUGGUCAUCUGAAAAAGGCAAACAAGGUAGUCAAGAAAAUUGCCAGAUUACAUAAGAGACCUGUGCCGGACACGUCCAUCAUGGAGGCAAUUGCAAACAUAGAGAGUCGCUCUCUGAAGGCUGGUGCUAGUUACACGUAUCUUCAUCUCUUCCAUAGAAAUGUUAGAAAGUAUACAUUAGUUCUGGGCUACGGCUGGUUCGUUCUAGCCUUAUCUCAGUACAUGAUCGGGUUUGGUCUGAGUGCCCUCUCCGGGGAUUUCUUCGUGAACAUGCUAUUGUAUUUUGCUCUCCCCUUUCCUGUAAGACUCGUUGCUGUAUUCAUUGUAACUAGGUUUGGUAGGAAGCUCGCUGCUUGCCUAUUGUUUCUUUUAUCCAGCGUAUUCUCAUUUGUUAUAGUCGUCGUUCAGUUGGUAGCCUCAGAAGAUAGUAAAGGAUCACCCACUGCUGUGCUGGCUAUUGGAAUAAACAUGCUCACAGAAGGAGCUUGGGGAGCUACGGUGAUCUUCGGAAACGAGCUCUUCCCAACGGAUGUCCGAACAUUGUCUUACGGUUUUUGCUCUGCCGCUGCAAGACUGGCCGCCAUCAUUGCGCCACAUUUAGUGCCAAAGCACUCACUGCCUAUGUAUGCAGCAUUCAUCAUACAGGCACUGCUGCAGCUGACAUCUUUUGCCGCAUACCUGACACUACCGGAGACAAAGGGAAAGCCUCUUCAAGAAAAUCUCAUUAGACAAUCUGUCGGCAUCAAGCAACAUGUGGCAUCUAACAAUAUUUAA